AUGGCCGCCUCCACCAUGUCUGUCUGCUCUGAUGCUUGCACCAACUCCUCCUGGCAGGUUGAUGAUUGCCCAGAGAGCUGCUGUGAGCCUAGCUGCUGUGCCCCCAGCUGCUGCCAGUCCAGCUGCUGCCAACCUAGCUGCUCCCAGUCCAGCUGCUGCCAACCUAGCUGCUGCCAGUCCAGCUGCUGCCAACCUAGCUGCUGCCAGUCCAGCUGCUGUGUCCCCAGCUGCUGUGUCCCCAGCUGCUGUGCCCUAGCCCCCUGCCUGACCCUCAUCUGCACCCCAGUGAGCUGUGGCUCCUGUGCACCCUCAUGCUGCCAAUCUUCCUGCUGUGUGCCUGUCUGCUGCACACCCAUCUGCUCUGGAUCCUCAUGCUGCCAGCAGUCUAGCUGCCAGCCAGCUUGCUGCACCUGUUCUCCUUGCCAGCCAUCCUGUGUGACCCUGUGCUGCAAGCCUGUCUGCUGCACACCCAUCUGCUCUGGAUCCUCCUCAUGCUGCCAACAGUCUAGCUGCCAGCCCUCAUGCUGCUGUGUGCCUGUCUGCUGCAAGCCUGUCUGCUGCAAGCCCUGCUCCAGUGUGUCCCUGCUCUGCCGCCCUGUGUGCAGACCUGCCUGCUGUGUGCCCAGCUCCUCCUGCUGUGCCUCCUCCUGCCAGCCCAGCUGCUGCAAGCCCUGCUCCAGCAUGUCCCUGAUCUGCCGUCCUGCCUGCUCCAGCCAGGCUUGCUGUGGCCAGAAGUCCAGCUGCUGA